AUGGCUGACCGUUACGCGGAAUCCUGGCUCCAGUUAGAGACCGCGACUGGUGGUAGGACUGCCCUCCAGGGGGGUGUCUCUGAUAUCCGUGCCCAAUUCGCGGGUCUCUUUGCAGCCCUUUCCCCCGGCUACCCACUUCCCUCGGACGCGGUAGCGGUGACAAAUGGCAAUGUCCAAGGUGUUGGAUAUCGCAUUUAUACACCGCAGUCUGGUAAGACGAUGGGCCCUCUGCCGCUCGGGGUUUUUAUGCAUGGCGGUGGAUUCAUUCUCGGUGACCUUGACGCUGAGGAUUUUCUGUGUCGAGAGUUUGCCGAAAAGGCCGGAACAAUUCUCAUCAGCGUCGACUACCGCCUCGCUCCAGAGCAUGAGCAUCCGGUGCAGCUGCAAGACACGAUGACUAUUAUCGAAUGGGCAUAUGCGAAUGCGAGCUCUCUUGGCGCCGAUGCAAACCGUCUCUUCACCAUUGGCACCUCGGCUGGUGCGACUCUGGCUCUUCUAUCUGCGCGAAAGAUUGUGAGCGGCAGAUCCAAGGUGCCUGCAACCGCUCUUUCUGGAGUUAUUGCUGUCAGCCCCGUCACGGUUCACCCGGACAACAUCCCCGAAAAAUUCCAAGCAGCCCACAACUCUUACAAAGAGUUUGGGGAGGGUGCUCCGGUCCUUACUCGGUCCGUGAUGACACAGUUUCUUCAACUUGUGCGUGCAACCCCUGAAGACUCUAGCAGCUUCAUACUGCUUGACGAUACCGUAUUGGGCAAUUUCCCGCCAGUGUAUGUCUCGACUGCUGAAUGUGAUCCCUUACGGGAUGACGGUAAAGUCCUGGCAGCUGCCUUGAAAGAUGCAGGGGUUAGCGUUCAUGAGGUUCUCUACAAAGGGAUGCCUCAUUGUUUUUGGUUCUUCAACACUCUUCCCGAGUGGUCUGCGUUUAGUCAAGACACUGUUUCCGCUAUUAAGUGGAUUCAGUCACGAUGA